GCCCCCUUCCUGGCAGCCCAGCUCCAAGUUACCACACUGAUCGCCUGUGAAGCAAUCUUCCCACUAGAGGGCUGAGUGUCCCCGCCAGGGGAGGCCUAUAAAUGCUGGUCCCACAGGACACUGUCAAACUUCUCUCUCUGACUCCUCAGCGUUGAGCACAGGAACACAGGGGACAAAAUGCCGUCACUGAUGGAAUGCAGCAUCAACAACGUCAUCAAAAUUUUCCACCAGUACUCCAGGCACGAGGAUCACCCUGACAGGCUGAGCCAGAGUGAAUUCAAAGAGCUGGUGCAAAAAGAGCUACCCACCUUCCUCAAGAAGGAGAAUAGGGAUGAGGAGGCCAUAAAAGAGAUCUUGGAGGACCUGGACACAAGUGGAGAUAAGCAGCUGAGCUUCGAGGAGUUCGCCAUGCUGGUGGCCAAGCUGACGCAAGCAGCCCACGAGGAAAUGCACAAGGGUGGCCACAUAGGGGAUCACCACCAACAUAGGGAAGGCUUCGGGAAGAGCCAGGGCUCCUGCCAAAGCCAGGGUGGCCACAGCCACUAAUCAGGAGGCCAGGCCACCCCGUCCCUGAACGAGGGCACCGGGGCUGUGCGCCACGCCGCCUCAGUGGCAGGGCUGGGGGCUGGGAUGAAAUAAAGUGUUCCUUCCUCCAA